AUGCUUGCUCCGAGGACAGAGCAGCGGCGGCGGCGGCGGCAGCAGCAGCACAGGCGCAGUGCAGGCACCCAAACUUUUGGCUUGGCACUGCACAACCGUCCAACAGCGAUUGGAGCUGCUGUUGCAUUGCUCGAUCGCGACGAGGCUAACAGCGGGCGCAACCCGCGCGGCUGGGAAGAGCCUCCGCCGCCGCCGUCGACCCCGCAGCAGGUGUGGCGCAGGGCCCCUGCCGCUUCUGGCUCUCGCCCCCGGCUCUGUUUUAGUGUGUGGUCUUAUCGGCGGGUUCGAAGGUCCGAGGGCAGGUUCAGCGUCCGCAGUCGAUGCUGUCGCGUAACUCAGCGCGCCGACGUGCGUGCGGGUAACGCGCUAGGACAGAUGUUGGCUGAGGUAGGCGUUUGGCAGAUUGUGUCCGUUGCACAGGUAGCCGUAGCCGAUGUGGUAGAGGACCGCGUUCCCGUCGACGGCUUGUCGAGUGCUUUGCGGGGGAUGGCCUGCGGAGGAUCAACGCUGCAGCUGCGUAAGCUUUGGAGGAGCGGAGGUUGCCUCCGCGGGGAUUUUGGUGCCCAGGUGUUGGCAAGAUGGCUUCACGGCAACCCGCGCGGCUGCGGAGAGGCGCCCACAGCCAGAUUGAGUGCGGGCGGAGCCUCCGCCGCCGCAGUCGGUAUAGCAGCUCCUGUAGUCCUCCUCCGCCAGAGUCUUUUGUAG